GCUCAUUUUUGUAGAGCGCGUGGGCGGGCGCUUGUUUUCAUUUUCGAGUUCUACGAGUAUAUUUGCUGGGUGCUCGUGCUCGCCUUUGAUUUCCCUCUGGCAUUUAUUUGGCCACUGCAUCUGGCCAACGAAUCGGGGACCAGACCGGACCGGAUGGCGACAGAAUCCGAAGCAGCCAACGAAUCUGUGGGUUAAUCGUUUCGCAGCGACAGCUCUGCGAGUCACCGCAGCCAAACAAAUGGAGAUUAUGCGACUUUAGUCUAUAUUUUGAUGGCACUGCUCAAGGUGUGUGCCCGCCGACGGAAAAACUCGUAUGAAAAUUGUGAAAAUCAAAUCUAGCUGCGCCAUGUACUGCACCACCAGACUGCUCAGAUACGUGCUGUGUGUCAUCAGUGGCAUCUGUGCCCUAGGUGGCUGCCUGCUCAUCUGGUACGGCGCCUGGCUGCUGGACAGCCUCUCCGACGAGCAGCGGGUGAUGGGCAUGGAUCACGGCGAGGACUUGGCCGCUCUUCUCUGCGUCCUACUGGGCACCGUCAUCGUAGUGGGCAGCAUUUUCGGAUGGAUGGCUGUGGCCAAGGAUUCCAGGGCGCUGUUGAUCUGCUAUGCAGUUCUGCUGGUGUUCCUCUUGAUCAUUCAGUUUGUAAUGGUCAGCAUAAGUUAUGCCGCCAGCCGAGAUUCCCUGCCGGAUUCUUUGACGCAAGGACUUGAUGACCUGUGGGAUGCGCAUCACGAAGGCAACAGCACCCUGAACACCUACGAGGAGUGGGUAACUUCACUGUGUGGCCGCAGAAGUGCCGAGGACUACCUACACUUGGAGAAAAUGCCGCCGCCAAGUUGUUGUCUCGAUCGGGACUGCACCAAGCCAAUGAAUCUCUUCAUGACGGGCUGCGAAGUCAAGUUCAAGGAGUAUGUCAGCGCCAAGACUUCCAACUUCCACUCGCUAAGUUGGAUCCUUGUAUUCUUUGAGUUCGCCGGCUCGGUGACCACCUGCUACCUGGUUGACAGCAUUCGCAAUCAUCGCGACCGCAUAAGAUUCUAUAAUUAAGAUAGUAUUUACGAACCGUAUUAUCGUUAUUUGUUGUGAAUAAUUUCCUAGCCCCACGGCCCUGGCGAAUUGUGAUUGUAGCUUACGAUGAUUAACCAAGUUAGGCUACAGAUACCAAGUAUUCAUUCAUAAAACUGUAAACUGGCACCCACGCCUAGACAUAAUUCGAAACGAAAAUAAAUAAGCCCGUUGCCAUUGACUAAACUUUUA